AUGGCCACAAGUGCUGUCGAGUUAUUAUUGGUGUCGCGUUUUUGGUGUGUUUCGCUGCUCGUGUUGGCAACAACAUCGCAAGCAAGCCAAGAACACCAAGGUUACUCAAAUCCCCACCAGCACCAAUUGAACCACCACCACCACCACCACCACCACAAAACAACGGCGACGGCGUCAGUUCACGGCGCCUCAGCAGUCGCCACCACGACAUACACCAUUGUGCCUUCUGGUCGAUACGCGGCGCCCGAUGGACUCUCCUUCGUCAUCGUCCCAGUAGCCAGCAGAGGCGGUGGCGGCAUUCGUGGCGGCUACACCACCGCCACGGACUCCAGCCUACGCGGUAGAUACGUGUCUGGUGAUGUGAGACGAGUGAAGGGCGUCGCUCAGAUGAGCGGCGCCGUGGGACACCGGCGACGGACGCUGUCGUCUGCCGGCGGCGUGAGUUUGUACGGGGCGUCGGGCGCCGUGACGGGGACGACCAAUCGGGAAAACUACGCGAAACAGCACUCCAAGUACAGCUUCCAGUGGGACGUGGACGACACCUUUUCGCACCGAGAAGGUCGGGACGGGGUCAACACAGAAGGGGAAUAUCGGGUCAUGUUGCCGGACGGAAGACUGCAAAUCGUGUCCUAUGAUGCUGACGAGAACGGAUACAGGGCCAAAGUGACGUACAAUUCGACAGGCAGGCAUCCCACGGACUGCAGCAGUACUGCGACAGGCAGGCAUCCCACGGACUACAGCAGUACUGCGACAGGUACUCGUCGCAAUUAUGGGCGACAGAGGAUCCCGAACUCAUUCGGGGUUCGUGGGUUCUACAGCAAGAACCCCGGUGAUGGGAUGAUAUUCACCAGGCAAACAGCCUCAGAAGUGGUGAAGCAUAACCCUCAAGUAGUUUCAAAUUACAAUGAGGCAAUUGCAAACACGAGGAAGCACAUCCAACAAUACAGGCAUUCCGUGACCCAUGAAGACCAAGAAGAGGUCAAGGAACAAUCCAGCAACAAGCAGCACAUGAUACAAACCAACCAGGUGACAUCAAAUCAAGAGUCACCCAAUAAUGUCCUGGACCUGGGAUUUGCCCAAGUUGUGGUCAGUACACAAGCAAGUGUCCAUGUGGACUCUGACUACCAAAAGAAGUAUGGCAUAGAGUCCUCACCUUCUUACAAUGUACCAACAACUACAACAGAACCCAGUAUUGGGAAGCAUAAACCUCAAGUAGUUUCAAAUUACAAUGAGGCCAUUGCAAACACGAGGAAGCACAUCCAACAAUACAGGCAUUCCGUGACCCAUGAAGACCAAGAAGAGGUCAAGGAACAAUCCAGCAACAAGCAGCACAUGAUACAAACCAACCAGGUGACAUCAAAUCAAGAGUCACCCAAUAAUGUCCUGGACCUGGGAUUUGCCCAAGUUGUGGUCAGUACACAAGCAAGUGUCCAUGUGGACUCUGAAUACCAAAAGAAGUAUGGCAUAGAGUCCUCACCUUCUUACAAUGUACCAACAACUACAACAGAACCCAGUAUUGGGGUUUGGAUUGCACCCAAGGGACAGAAGUCUUACAGUGCACCUAUUCAGAGUUUUGCGCAGGCAAAUGUGCAGCAACCUGCUGGUCAACAUUUUCACCAGCAACAAGGAUACUCCAGACCAUCCCAACAAGUAGUAACAAUUCAGGAUGACUCAUCAAGUGAGGAAGUUGGUCCAGCUCCAGAAAAACCAGCUCUAACAACAUCUUACAGGCCUGUGAAUGUAAACUCCAGAUUUUCCUCCACAUUGCCAGAAUAUUCCACAGUUGCUAAAAAUCCAUUGCUGCCAAUAGUUCAGCAGAGUUACCCUCAAGCAAACAUUCCCAAUUCUUCCAGAGCAAGAGGAAGACCAGGAAAUGUGUAUUUUAGCUUUCAUGCUAGAAAACAUGCAGAUCAAGUGCAUAAUCACCAUCAUCAGUCUUCUCAACAUCACAAAUUACAUGAGACAUCAGCUUCAACUUACUUUGAUGAGCAGCAGGAAGCAGGACCUUUGUACACAAGUGGGAACCCAUUGCUUGUAAACUCUCACAACAACAAGGGUGACAGUAAUCAUUACAUCAAGAAUUCAUCUGAGGAACAAAGUCAACAUCAAAUCAAUUUUCAGACAAAAUACCAUGCUGAUGUUCCUUCUGCAUCAGCUCCAAUUACUUAUGCUCCCACAAGGUCGCAGCCAUUGGCUGUAAUGUCAGUGCCCCAGAUGCACAAACUGUCUCAUCACAGAGCUUCUCAAUUUACCCAGGAACUAAGUGCAAAAACUCAUUCAUCCGCUGAGAUCAAUCAAGACCUUCCAGUUCAAACCAAAGCUACCAUUUCUAGACCUCCAGGGUUCCCCAACCGUUCCAGGUUUACCAAGGACAUAGACUUAUAUUCUCAACCAACCUAUGACAUACCAUACCAGCAGCAGCAUGCACCUGGCUCUUCAGCAAGAUCACUCAACACCUAUGCAAGGGCACCUGUCAGAAGGCCAUCUUGGACAUCAGUGAACAGUGGGCCUCAUCAGAACUAUGGCAAGACAGUCCAAACCUUGUCUCAUGGAAACAGGUACUCAUCAGGGUAUGUCCAGCAUGGAACCUCAUGUCCCAACUGCUACCAAGCACCAAAAAGGCUUCCUUACCACCGCCCAAUCACUAAACCAGUGCACACAUACAACUCUGGUAGUUUCCAGAGGAUAGUUGGAGGGCGUCCAGUCAUUUACUACACCAGAGAGGCCCAUCAUCACAACAGGUAUGCCAAGGUUCACAACCAGUAUGCUGAUGCAUAUGACCAUAGACAUACAACUCUGAGGAUAGUUGGAGGGCGUCCAGUCAUUUACUACACCAGGGAGGCCCAUCAUCACAACAGGUAUGCCAAGGUUCACAACCAGUAUGCUGAUGCAUAUGACCAUAGACAAGCUGUGGUGGGUCAGCAUCAUGCUCAUAGAGCCCAUGUGAGUCAUAGGCCAAGUUACCAGCAUGUUGGACAUCAGUAUUCCCCUGCUUUUGGUGCAAAGGCACAAGCAAGUGCCCAUGCUGGGAUGAGUGGUGCACAAGCCAGUGCUGUGGCUCGUGCUGUUGGCAAGGCUAAUGCUCAGGCAUCUGCAACAGCCCAUGGAUGGAGAUGA